AUGCAAAACGGAAAGAUCAAAAAUGGCCAAAUCACAGCCUCCUCAAUGUACAAUCAGUUCCACGCACCGUGGCUUGCCAGGCUCCACCGCGCCAAACAUGGCCGCUACAUUGGCUCUUGGUCAUCAAGACACAAUAAUCACAACCAAUGGCUGCAAGUUAACCUUGGAAGGACUAUGAAAGUGACUGGUAUCAAUACCCAGGGACGCCAAGAUGCCCAUCAGUGGGUGACUGCUUACUAUGUGUUCUAUAGCUUGGAUGGGAUGUACUUUGCUAAAGUGAAGCACUGCUUUUUACACCCUAGUCUUUCGCAGCAAUUCCCAGGAAACGUCGACAGAUAUUCUCUACGCACGCACGCUUUCAAGCCAGCCAUUUACGCCCGCUUCGUUCGUAUCCAACCACGAGGCUGGUGGUCACAUAUUUCCAUGAGGAUGGAGCUUUACGGAUGUCCAUGGAAUCAUUGUGAUAUGCCACUCGGUCUCGAAGACGGCCGAGUUCCUGACCCAGUGAUGACUGCUUCUUCGUACAACAAUAUUUACGACGCGCCGUGGAACGCCCGACUCAACAGGCGGCGUUACAGCCGUUUUGGUGGAGGAUGGUCACCGCGUAGAAAUGACGGACAAAGGUGGCUGCAGGUUGAUUUCCAGGCUAUGGCGAAAGUGACACGUGUCGCUACCCAGGGAAUGCAGAAUGCCAAUUACUGGGUGAAGAAAUAUUACAUCAAAUAUUCAAGAACUAGAACUGGAUUUGUUCCAUAUCGCGAGGGUAGAACCACAAAGAUUUUCCGUGGAAACUAUGACAGAUACAUCAUCGUGCAAAAUAGGUUUGCCCGGGUACUCCAUGGCAAAUACUUCAGAGUUUACCCUGUUUCUUGGUAUUCUUGGAUUGGCUUGAGGGUCGAGUUCUAUGGAUGUGUCUACGGAAAGCGAUGUAACCAACCUCUGGGAAUGCAAAAUGGUCGCAUAAAAGCAGCACAGCUAUCCGCGUCCUCUAGCUGGGACGGAAAUCACGUGCCUAACAAUGGCAGGCUUCACCUUCGCCGCAUUGGCCAUCGAGUGGGGGCCUGGUGUGCUCGACAUAACACACGGUACCAGUGGUUUCAGAUCGAUUUUUACCGCGCAGUAAGAUUGGUAAAAAUCGCCACUCAGGGAAGACAAGAUGCCGCUCAAUGGGUCACUCAGUAUUAUCUUAGCUACAGUCAAGAUGGCGCGCACUUCGCGGAGUUUAAACAUAACAGCAACCGGAAAUACCUUGUGGGUAAUAGAGACCAAAACAGUGUGGUACAAAAUCGUUUAUUUCCGCAAAUCAGAGCGCGCUUUCUACGUGUCCAUCCUUGGGGCUGGUACAGACAUAUCUCUAUGAGAGUGGAGCUGUAUGGGUGUUCUGCAGGACGUUGCUCACUUCCUCUUGGUUUGGAAGACAAACGUAUCACCAAUGGCCUUUUAUCGGCGUCUACAUAUUACAAUCAUAAUCUGUCCCCCUGGCAUGGCCGGUUAAACCAUCGCUGGUCAUGGAGUGCUAGGACCAACAACCACAACCAGUGGUUCCAAGUGAGCUUUGUGGGUGUGGUCAGGGCGACAGGGAUUGCUACCCAGGGAAGACAGAAUGCUAAUCAAUGGGUGACAAGGUAUAUUGUGUCCUACAGUCCGGAUUCAACCAACUUCCGCUAUUACUCUGAAGGGAGGGGAACCAAGGUGUUCACCGGAAACAGCAACAGGCACUCGAUUGUGUACCACGAUUUUGUGAAGCAGUUCAACGCCGUGUAUGUUCGUAUUUAUCCAAGACGUUGGUACGGCUGGAUUUCGAUGAGAGCAGAGAUAUACGGCUGUUAUGUAUUUUCGUGCAGCAGCCCAUUGGUUAGAAAACUACCGAACUCCAAGAUCACCGCAUCUUCAGAAUACAACAAAUACCACGCGGCUUGGCUUGGAAGACUGGGUCGAGUACGGCAUGGAAGUUAUGUGGGAGCCUGGUGCUCAAGACAUAACAAUCACAACCAAUGGAUCAAGUUUGACUUCUCUCGACCAAUGAAAAUCACUAAAGUGGACACUCAAGGCCGACAGGACGCUGACCAGUGGGUAACGCGUUAUCAACUUUCCUCCAGCUUGGAUGGAAUUCACUGGCAGAUUCAUAGGAUUAACAGUCAGGAUAAGUUCUUUCAAGGAAACCGCGAUCGCAACAGCGUAGUCACGCAAGCUAUCAACCCACCUAUUUUAGCGCGUUACAUUCGUUUACACCCGAGGGGAUGGAGAAGCCACAUUUCUAUGAGAGUCGAGUUUUAUGGAUGUCGCGCAGAUCCGUGCGAUGUUCCGUUGGGAAUGGAAGACGGUCGAGUCACUAAGGGAAUGCUUACGGCAUCCUCCAUGUACAACCACUACUACGGUCCUUGGAGUGCCAGACUUCAGGCCAGGAACUAUGGUUCCCUUCGCGGAGGCUGGAUUGCUAAGCACCGCAACACUCAUCAGUGGCUGCAAGUCGACCUGGGAAUCUUAUCCAGAGUAAAGAGAAUUGCUACUCAGGGUCGGUAUGACGCUAACCAGUGGGUGAAAUCUUAUACAGUGUCUUACAGCAAUAACGGAGCGAGGUUCUAUCCUGUCAAACACGGAAGGAAUGUCAAGGUAUUCCAAGGCAACAUCGAGAGAAAUCACGUUGUUUUCCAUAAAUUCAGGCCUUCACUGAAAACACGUUACGUUCGUAUACAUCCGAAGUCAUGGUACAGCUAUAUUUCUAUGAGAGUGGAGUUGUACGGCUGUAGGCUUGGCCCACUGUGCAAUCGACCAAUGGGAUUGCAGUCUGGCCGCCUUAAAAAUCACAUGAUAUCAGCCUCAUCUUAUUGGGAUGUGAACCACGCUGCUCACCUGGCUCGGCUUCACCACCGUCGCCGGGGUCGUUUCAUGGGGGCCUGGUCCUCAAAAUACAACAAUCGGUACCAGUUCCUGCAGGUCGACUUUGGUGGAGCGUCUAAAAUAAUCCGAAUUGCAACCCAGGGACGACAUGACGCAAACCAAUGGGUGACGCAAUACUAUCUGUCGCACAGUUUGACCCGAGUCCACUUUUCAGAGUAUAAAGAACGAAACUCCCGAAAGCUCUUGUUCUCUCUUCUCUAA